UUAUAGCAAGCGAGAGUGAUAGAGAGAGAGUAUGUUUCAAUGACUGAGGGUGAAACAAGGUAAAGAGUGUAAAGUGUGAGAGUCAGAAUGGGGAAUACAGACAGCAAACUGAAUUUUAGAAAAGCUGUCAUUCAACUGACUACAAAAACACAGCAUGACAAUCCACCAUUGGCUCAGUCUCUGCUUAAUGCAAUUGCGGAUUUGCUGUUUUGCCCAGACUUUACUGUAGCCUCAAGCAGAAAAUCUGGACCGGACAACCCAGAGGACAUGCACAGUAUCGACAGUUGUGAGUACAUCUGGGAGAAGGGCGUUGGCUUUGCCCACUCCCCACCACACAAUAUCACACAUGACCAGAGCAGAACUGAACUCCUGAAGCUGCUUCUCACAUGCUUCUCAGAAACCAUGUACUUACCACCAAUAGCUGACGCUCACAAUCAACCAAACCAGUGGAUACAGUAUUUUACCUCUACAGAGAAUCGCCAUGCUCUGCCGCUUUUCACCUCCAUGUUAAAUGUAGUCUGUGCCUACGACCCUGUUGGGUAUGGAGUGCCCUACAACCACCUGAUGUUCACUGAUUCUCGUGAACCACUUGUUGAGAUGGCCCUCCAGGUCCUCUGUGUCACCUUGGAGAAUGAUUCUGACUCCAACAGGAAUAUAUCAGUGGAUGGCACCAGUGCUGGAAGUACCGCCAUGGAACAAAACACUGAUGUAACUCGUGUUGGUCUAAUGCAUAUCGGUGUCUUCAUCCUGCUGUUGCUCAGUGGUGAGCGGAACUUUGGUGUCCGACUCAAUAAACCGUACUCUGUCCGAGUACCGAUGGACAUUCCUGUAUUCACUGGUACUCAUGCUGACUUCCUCAUCAUUGUUUUCCACAAGAUCAUCACCACAGGUCAUCAACGUCUUCAACCACUCUUUGAUUGCUUACUCACGAUUAUUGUCAAUGUGUCCCCUUAUCUAAAGACCUUGUCAAUGGUAGCCAGCACCAAGUUAUUACAUCUCCUACAAGCAUUUAGUACUCCAUGGUUUCUCUAUGCUAGUCCAACAAACCAUCAUCUCGUGUUCUUCUUGUUAGAAGUUUUCAACAACAUCAUCCAAUACCAGUUUGAUGGUAACUCCAAUCUUGUUUACACGAUCAUUCGCAAACGCAACGUGUUCCAUCUUCUGGCCAACCUGCCCACUGAGCACUCGGCGAUCGCACGGGCCCUCAGCAAGAGGGGAAAGAAGCUCUCGCACCCGCCUAGCGAGUCAAAGGAGCCAGAAACAAUGGAAGGGGCUACACCAGCUGCCGAAGCUGAACCAGGGACACUGAAGGUCUCCCUUGCUGCCACCCCACGUCUUGACAAAAUGACUGAGAAAUCUGCCCCUGAUGAGGGCCAUCACCAACCGACUCUCAAAGACCUUGCCAGAGGGGCUGCCACGAUGCACAACGUUCAGCCGGCGAACAACAUUCAGAAUCCCACUGAAGAAGACGAGGAAGAAGAGGAGGGGGAAGAGGUGGAAGGUCGUGAGCAGGUGCAGGUGGCAGAGAGGAGAGACGUGGAGAGUGAAGAGGACGGGGAGGAGGAUGAGGAAGAGGAAGACAUGGGAAUCGCCAGCCUCGGAAUCACUUCCGACGGCUCAACUUUGAACAAACCCAGCAUGUUUCCUUGCUCCCUCUCUCCAGAAAGUCUGACCUCUGCUGGUGGUGAUGGUGUUGGCGUCGGUAGGGGAGGGCACUCAAGUAGCAGCCCUCCUCCUCCUCCACCUCACUUACUGAGGACCGGGUCAUCAAUGGGCUCAGCUGCUCCAUGGGUGGCCACACCCGACUGGGUGGCCAGCUGGAAACAGAAGCUGCCCUUGCAAACCAUUAUGCGCAUGCUGCAAGUGCUCGUACCCCAGGUGGAGAAGAUCUGCAUCGACAAGGGCCUGAAGGAUGAGAGUGAGAUCCUGAAGUUUCUCCAACAUGGUACCCUAGUCGGUUUGCUACCCGUGCCACACCCAAUUCUCAUCCGAAAGUACCAAGCGAACAGUGGAACGACGAUGUGGUUCCGAACUUACUUGUGGGGUGUGAUCUAUCUCAGGAAUGUUGAUCCACCAAUAUGGUAUGAUACUGACGUGAAACUUUUUGAGAUUCAGAGAGUCUAGUAGUGAGGGUGUGUAUGUGUGUAUAUAUGUAUAUCUAUCUAUACAUACAUAUAUACAUACAUUAACACAUAUUUCCACAAACAUUUUCAUGCAUACACUUAAACUCAUGUGCAAACACUCUUACACAUAUAUAUCCUUACAUGCACACACAUACUGUUAUAUUUUACAGAAAAAUUAUUUCAGUAAAGAAUCUCUGCUUUCACUAAUUCUAAAAGCUCUUCAGAAACUAAAAUAGUUUAUUUUGAAUCUGUAAACACUGCAAAAUUAUUUCAGAGCAUUUCUUUGUGAUUCACACAUUCAGAACACACUCAAUUCAUAAUAGUUUAAAUAAUUUCUCCACAAAAUAUGAUGUCAAAGAUUUAGAGACAGAAAUAGUAAUUAAACGAUGACGUUCCAUUUUAAUUAGCUGAAAACAAAUUUGAUCUCAUAAUCAUAUGCCAGUAUUUAAAUGUACAUACAUACUAGUGUAAUAAAUAUGAAAUAAAUAAAAUGAUAUAUGGAAAUAUAUAUAUAUAUAUAUAUAUAUAUAUACACAUAUAUAUAUACAUACAUAUAUAUAUAUACACACACACACACACACGUCUGUGGGUGUCUGUAAAAUGGUGUGCUUUGUAUGCACAAUAAAUAACUGAUUGUAUUAGAGCUGAAUGUAA